AUGUCUUGCCGUCGAAACUUCACUUUUCCUUUCAAACUUAAAAACAGAUACGACUACUUGCCUUGGCUUCAUGGGACUUUGGAGGAGGUGAGUCGUAUUCUCGGGCAAGACGAAUUCAAUUACAUUCUUCACUACCUCAUUGAUGGAGAAGAGGCUGCUAAGGAAAGUUUGCCCAAAGAGUACAGUUCAGAAAAGAUAUCAUGGAUCAUUCACCACUGUGUUCAAGUAGUCGGUGCGCUUAUUUCUUCUGGCAUCAGCAAUGGACUUCGUUCCUUGAUACGUGGUUGCCUGUCAGAUAUGGAAAAGUGGAGACAGAUGCACCAAACGGGUUUCAGAUUUCGUGUUUCACUGUUCGUUGAGUAUAUCUGUAAGUGGGCUGAUCAGCUUGCUGUUAAUGCUUGGAGUGGUAAGCUGAACCUGCGGGAAACGAUGAAGUAUUUGGCUGCAAAUUGUUUCACCAAUGAGGAGCACUAUUUCAUGAUGUUCUUCAAUUCCCCAAAAGUUAGAUCUUCUGAAACUCUUCAGAAAUCGUUAAUUGCGGAAUAUUUCAAUAGUUUGGGCGUCGAGGAGAUCAACCUUGCGGACCGAGUCACCCCACUGUUUGCGUCAACCAGGUUGUUUCUAGAUGCUUUGCAUGCGAGAUACAGAUACAAGGAAAGAUGCACCCACUGCUGGAAAAUAGGCCAUGGAAAAGAGCAUUGUUGGGUGAAGUAUCCACAUUUGAGGCCCAGGCCGGUUUUGAAGCGAAGGGCAAAUGACCAAGGCAGAAAAUGCUCAAAGAGACAGAAAAAGAGAAAGAGCUCCAGUCCCAAGAAACAAACAUUAAAUGUUGAUCUUGAUGGGUCUAAAUGUCCCCUGAAACCCACGUUUUACUGGUCUACUCGCUCGACACGCCAUGCUGUCAAAGACCGAAACUUACUCUAUGACUUUGUGAGAAACCGCCAGGUCUUGAAGGAUGCCUUUGGCAAUAGGACAAUUUCAGAGGGGUACGGAAAACUCAGUGGCAUUGCUGCAAACGGACAACGGAUCGUUUUGGAGAAAGUGUUUUAUUUGAAAAAUACUCCUGCCAAUGUCAUUGCCGCAAAUUAUCCAAUUGCACAAUUUGCAGUUAACUACAGUGUACCUGAUCAAGCCUUGACGGACCACAAAGGUAGGAGACUCAACACUUUGGAAUCGGACAGGAUUGCCUUGCAGCUCCACAGCUGCUUACAGGUUGCCGAGGCUUGA